AUGGAAGAUUGUGAUCUUGCCCAAUACCGCGAUAUGAUCAUCGAGGGCGAACUGCCGUUGGACCUGCGACCACCGCCGCGGCUCUACCUUCCGCACUACUUGCGCGACGACCGCGACCCCGACUACCCCCAGGACGACACCUAUGUUUCCGUGGAUGAAGACACGCCUGAAGUGCCGCCAGCGUCCAGCGACUCGGAGAGGUACGACGCCUCCAGUCCGACGGAAUCCAAACCAUCCACGCCAAAGAAGCCGAAGCAGAAAUCCUCGUCACAGCUCAUCAAGCCGCCUUACUCCUACAUCGCACUCAUUACCAUGGCCAUCCUGCAGUCGCCACACAAGAAACUAACGCUCAGUGGUAUCUGUGAGUUUAUCAUGACUAGGUUCCCGUACUACAGAGAAAAGUUUCCGGCGUGGCAGAAUUCCAUCAGGCAUAAUUUGAGUCUGAAUGAUUGUUUUAUAAAAAUCCCGAGGGAACCUGGAAACCCAGGGAAGGGAAAUUAUUGGACGCUGGAUCCCCUGGCGGAAGAUAUGUUUGACAAUGGGAGUUUCCUGA